AUGGAACUUCAAGCACAGCCCAGCUUGCACCAACUUGAAACAUGAGUAAAAAUCAAAGAUAUGCAGAUAAAUCAUUACAUUUUCAAAGACUUAUAUUAUAAUGCAGAUUCGUCUGAACUAGAAUUAUCUCAAAGAGAUCUAAUAUCAGGCAAAUUAAAUGCUAGAAGUAAAGAACUGUCCUUCUGAUUUGAAGAAAUUCGUGACCAAAUGUUUGUAAAGAAGCUGUGCUCGAUCUCUCAUUUUGAUGUGGACUCAUUAACACUUUCUAAUAUUCAAAAGAGAAAUAAAUAUUAUGACAUUUUUCUGGACUUUUCUUUUCCUAAUAAAGUGAACUGGUUCUGCAUUGAAGCCGGAUAUACUAAAAAGCAAAAUAUUGCCUAUUACUUUGAUAGGAUUAUCAAAAUAAGUCAUAAGAUAUGAAUAAACAUGGUUCUUUGAGGGUUCAUUAUCAAAGGAGAUCAGCUAAAAAGGUUAUUAAGUUCAUUUAAACAUUGCAAACUAUUCGAACUAUUUAGUUGCAAAUUAUCUAUUCCGAAUUCUUUUAACCUUUCUCAGGCUAUGAAGAAUACUAAACUCGAGACAUUAAUGUUCUAUCAUUGCGACUUCAGACUUGAGAACUGAAUAUCUGAGGAUAGAAAAGAGUUAAACAGCCUUAUUGAAGGUCUUGGGACUUCAGAAAGUUUGAUUUCAAGCCUCAAGGAAUUAGACAUCAGAGAUUGUAAAAUCUGCAAAAAGACAAUUCUUGAGCUGCUUGAGCAGAAUGGAUUUGGAGAUGUCAAAAUCUUGGUAUAAAUUAAUGAAUUUCUUCUAAGAUCCAAUCUCAAUAAAUUUAUAAAGAUUUCAUUGCCUAAUCUUGUUUCUGGAAGAAAGAUAAAAACUAAACAACCAAGACUAGAAAAAGAAGAGUAUAUUUCGAAAAUAUGACAAAAAAUCUAUUCCUUGAAGAGGGAACAAGAGAAAAGGGGAUAAAUAAAUAAACAUUAGAUGAAUACAGUAAUAAUCUGAAGAUUGUGUGAAAAAUUAUCAACAAAGAGAGAAAACUGGUAUCAUUUGUCUAAAUAACAAAUUACAGUUCAC